AUCAGCUGUGUCCAAUCACAGCUGAUCACAUGGGACAUAUACACUGAUCAUCAGAACACUGAUGAUCAGUGUGGCCCCAGAAGUGCCACCUGUCAGUUUCCAUCAGUGCCAGCAGUCAGUGCUCAUCAGUGCCACGUGCCAGUGCCCAUCAGUGCCACAUCAAUGCCACAUAUCAGUGCAUACCAGUGCACAUCAAUGCCACAUAUCAGUGCCCAUCUGAGCUGCCUUUCAAUGUCACCCAUCAGUGCCAGUCAGUGCCACCUAUCAAUGUCAAUCAGUGCUGCCAAUCAGUGCCACCUAUCAGUGCCAGUCAGUGUCGCCUAUCAG